AUGGCAAUUGAGGCGCCCGACCCGAGCAAGACAUGGCGAUACAGCGCCACGGCCAAACGCAAGAAGACAGCUCGCAAAUCCCAACCACGCAAGCUCAGGGUCAACCACUUCAUGAAGCUCCCUCCCGAACUCCGCAACAACAUCUACGAACUCGUCUUGGUCGACAACACCAAACCCCAGCAAAUCCGCAGCUCGAAACGCAAAGACCCAGCCCUCCUCCGCUUCUCCCUCAUCGUCUCUGUCAACAAUCUCGAGAUUCUGAGAUGUUGGCUUCAGUACAUCAAAGAGACAUGUGGGAAGAUCAAGGGCAGGCUGUGUGUCAAGGGGUUCAAGAUGGAGGAGCUGGGAAAGCUAUUGCCUUUAAUGCAGAUUGCAUAUGAGGGAAUGGAGUUGAGGGAGGUGAUCACGGAUCACCACCGUAGUCAGGAUUCGCUGGGAACGUUGCGCAGCGUGGCGACACUAGGGAUGCGGGCGAGGGAGGAGCAGUGGAAUACGAUGAAGGUAGAGCUGGCUUUUGACGAGUGGAUGUUGGAUUUGACGGAGAAGAAAGGCAUGCUGUUUAAGUUGGUCUCGUCUAUGGAGGACAGCAAGUUGGCCAAAAUGUCGACUUCGCGCAAGACCAUCAAGCCAGCCGACAUCUUGAAUACCGGCGAGGGGAAGGACGACCUGGAUCGCGACUUCAUCGAGGACAGUCCAGACCCGACCUGCCGCGAAGACGAUGUCUCAAGCGAGGAAGGGUUGGGCAGGAAACGUGCGAACGGCUGGACGUCGAUUAAUUGA